AUGCACGCCACCCUCAUCACCCUCCUGGGCCUGGCGACCGCCGCCUUCGCCGACCAAGGCUACUUCUGCCUCACCGACUACGACGCCCAGCGCGUUGCCAACAACUUCGGCCAAACCAUCGAAAACUACUCUGACGCCCUCGCCGACCGCGUCCUCACCACCGACUUCACCGACUACUCAGACAGCGUCAACGAACUCAUCAACAACGGCUGCCCCAACGGACCCCAACCCCUCGGCUCCGCGACUUUCACCUCCCUCGCCGACUUCAAGGCCGGCCAGGGCGCCCAGCCCUCCAUCCCCUUCCAGAUCCUCAACGUCUGGCACAACUGCGACACUGUCACCGUCCGCUGGCGGUCCUCCAACCCGGGCACCGUCCAGCCCGAGCAGCAAGUUACCGGCAUCAUUGUCCUCGAAACGUGCCAUGUCGGUGGCGACGAGCCUUGGUUGAUCGAUACCGUCUACUCCGAGUUCAACUCUGGUGCGUGGUUGUACGAUUUGGGCGUAUUCCAGCCGACGUGCAAUGCCACGAGCGCCAAGUUCUUCAGGAGAAAUGCGGUCUGGAGGCCAAACAUGAUCUAA